CUGUUUGACGGCAGAACAUCUCCUUGACAUUGCUGGGAAAGUGGGCGGGAGGAGAGCGUUGUUAUACAACGUGGAGGCAGUUAGCAGAAAACAAACCCUGCUCCUUGCUGCUCUAAAGUUGCAAUAUAGUGUAUAGCUGAAUCAUGUUUCGGCGCCCGUUGCAGCAUGGCUUAAGGCAGUUAUUAAGCUCGUCUCUUUGCAGUAGGACUGUCUUCGGAAAGGCCACUGAACAGGAUUUUGCCAAAGCUUUGGUGUCUUGUCGUUGCACAGGAGCAGUACUGCAUACUCGGACACAAUGCCGAACUCUUCACAGCACACACGAGCUAUGUGCAGUAAAACACACACCUCAGGCUUCAGAGGAAGAAGUUGGAUCAUUCACUAAACUUAUUGAGGCCAUGGGCUUCACUGGGCCACUCAAAUACAACAAAUGGAAAAUCAAAAUAGCUGCAUUGCGCAUGUAUACUUGCUGCGUUGAGAGAAUCAACUACGAUGAGUUUUUCGAAAAGUGCUCCCUCCCUGACACACUCAACUCCUGGUUUUUGGUGGCACAGCUCCAUGUUUGGAUGUGUUUGGUGAGGAUGAGGCAGGAAGGCAGAGAAGGGAAAUUUAUGUGUCGCUACAUCGUCCAUUCUAUGUGGGAGGAUGUAGAACAGCGAAGCAAAAUCAUGGGGAUUGAUGCAGUUCAUAGGAAGCAGAGUAUGAGGGCUAUGACUGAAACAUUUUAUGCUGCUAUUUUUGGAUAUGAUGAGGGAAUCCUGUCAGAUGACUGUGUUCUUGCAGCUGCGCUUUGGAGAAAUCUGUUCAACAAGCAAUGCGAGGACCCGAGACAGCUCGAGCUCAUGGUUGAAUAUGUCCGCAAGCAGAUGCAGUUUAUUGAUGCGCUGGAUGGAGAUGACCUUCUCCUGACAGGGGAGGUGAAUUGGCGCCCUCUGGUGGAAGAUAAUGCACAGAGCAUUUUGAAGAUGUCCACUCCAACAUACAAUGAUGCAGGCCUUUAAAGAAGAGUACUCGGUCAGACUGCAGAACCCACAACGCCAUGCUUUCGAUGCCUAAUUUGAAGACAUGACCCAACCAGUCAGGAACUGUGGCUAAUCUGCUUGCUCUCUGUCUCUGUCUAUUUGUCUCACUCCCUCUUUUAUUAAACCAGCAUACUGUUAGAACUGCAUGGACGUUUUAACCUUACACUUAUUGGACGUGUGGGGAAUUCAGCGGUUUUCUGUAUUUACACAUUUGAAAAGAUGCUAUUAUGUUUAGGCUUUUGGCUAUGACUAGCACUUUUGCUAUUCUAGGGGUGUUGGAGGAAUGAGUAUGUGCUCGUUUUUGAGGAGUGGAAUAGGAAUCUGUUUUAAUUAUUAGAAAAUAAAGAUGGUUUCUUUGGUAUUACACAGAAA